CUGAGGAGGGGAUCCCAUCAGCAACACUGACUGUAGUUUCUAUUUUAUUAUGUUUAUUAAUUCACGUUUAACCAAGUGCUGACAGGGAGACGAACAAGAAGAGGAUCGAGCUUAGAUUCCGUUGUGUAUAUCUCGGCCAUGCCUCUCUUCACGUCAAAUCCCUUUGAUCAAGAUGUUGAGAAAGCAACAAGUGAGAUGAACACAGCUGAGGACUGGGGCCUCAUUCUGGACAUUUGUGACAAGAUCGGACAGUCUCGCACUGGGCCUAAAGAAUGCCUGCGAUCUAUAAUGAGGAGAGUGAAUCACAAGGAUCCCCAUGUUGCCAUGCAAGCCUUGACGCUACUCGGUGCAUGUGUGUCAAACUGUGGAAAAAUAUUCCAUUUAGAGGUCUGCUCCAGGGAAUUUGCUAGUGAAGUUAGCAACGUGCUAAAUAAGGGCCACCCAAAAGUGUGUGAGAAGCUGAAGGCUCUCAUGGUGGAAUGGGCUGAGGAUUUCCGUAAUGACCCCCAGCUCAGCCUCAUAUCGGCCAUGAUCAAGAACCUCAGAGAACAGGGCGUCAUCUUCCCUGCGGUGGGCUCUCAGGCAGCAGAACAAGCUAAAGCCAGUCCUGCAUUGGUAGCUAAAGACCCUGCAACAUCAACAAACAAGAAGGAAGAAGAAGACCUUGCUAAAGCGAUCGAACUGUCCCUGAAGGACCAGCGGCAGCAGCCUCAGGUCUCUCUGUCUGGCCUCUACCCGAGCACCAGCAGCCUCCUCACCUCUCACAAGACUGAGGGCAGAAAGGUCAGGGCCAUCUAUGACUUUGAGGCAGCCGAGGACAAUGAGCUCACCUUUAAAUCAGGCGAGAUCAUCACCAUCAUGGAUGACAGUGACCCUAACUGGUGGAAGGGCGAGACGUACCAGGGUGUUGGGCUUUUUCCGUCAAACUUUGUGACAGCAGACCUGACAGCAGAGCCUGAGAUGAUGAAAACAGAGAAGAAGACUGUGCAGUUCAGUGAAGACGUCCAGGUAGAGACGAUUGAACCGGAACCAGAGCCGGUCUACAUUGAUGAGGAGAAAAUGGACCAGCUGCUUCAGAUGAUCCAGAGUGCAGACCCAACAGACGACCAGUCGGACUCCUGUGAACUCCUGCAGUUGGAGGCUGCUUGCAACCAGAUGGGUCCUCUCAUUGAUCAGAAGUUAGAAGACAUUGACAGAAAACACUCAGAGCUGUCCGACCUGAACAUGAAGGUCAUGGAAGCACUGUCUCUCUAUGCUAAGCUAAUGAAUGAAGACCCAGUAUACACUAUGUAUGCUAAACUACAGAGCCAGCAGUACUACAUGCAGCAGACCCCAAACGGUUCCCAGCAGGUGUACUCUGGCCAGCCCACUGGAGGGCAGUAUGCAAUGGGUAGCACAGCAGUACCGGGAUACAAUGUUCCAAUGGAGCAGCUCUCUGCAAUGAACCAAACAGGAACACCAAUGGCUGGGCAGCCUCCCAGUGAUGCCCAUAUGUACAUGAGCCAGCCUCCAGUCUACAGCCCCUCUCCUGGCAGCCUGGCCCCAGCUGAUGUUCAGUACUACCAGACUCAACCCGGCGCUCCGGCGAACAUGACCCAGACCCAUGGCUACAACGUGCCCUCCUCCCAAAACCACCCUGCUACUGCAGACAACCUACAGACCCCUUACCCUGAGAAAGCCCUCUUAUAGGACCCCUAGAGACUCAACCUCUGUGGUUUCAUACAGACACACACACUUACAGUUACAAACAAAGAACAUUCAGCUCACACACAGAUAUCUCUUAGAUUUUCUUCUCCUCCUCUUCUUUAAGACACACUACGUCAUACAAACACUGAUUCUGAUCAUGAGAGGAUGUGCCGAUUGUUGACUACUAACAGGUGGUGUUCUCACAGAGCGGUUCUGAUUGAUACUUUUUUUGGUCUCUUCUCUUUUAUAAGAACAUUUUGCUAAAGGUAAUGAGAAACGCUAAGUUAUACCAUUUAUUUGGCAUUUUCAUUAUAGUUAUAAUUAACUGGACGUUUCUUACAGGAAAACACACAAAGAGAGCAUGCUUGUGUUGUACCGGUACAUACAUUUCCGUACCAAUGUCAGUCCCCGAUAGUCUAGCAUUCGUUACAACAGGUCCUAAAGGGGAGGUUACAUCAUUUUAAUUUGUCAUCACUAUGUGUCU